AUGUUAUCUUUAAAAUGUCGUCAUCUACGCCGAAGUUUAUCCAUAUGUUCUCUUCGUUUUGGAAAAGAAAAGUAUUUCGACGUAGCAAGACCAGAAGUAACUGUUUAUCAAAAUCGAGGAUUUCGUGGAUCCAAUAUAUUUCUCUCGAAAUCAAUGAAAAUUUCGAUACUCGGUGCUAACAAUGAGACCGGUAGAUUUUUGUCGCUACUCCUGAAACGAUCCUCCUUGAUCGACGAGAUUUCGCUAUACGAUAAAGAGUCGACGGACUAUCUCGCAUCGGAGCUCAAUCAGGUUGACACGAGAUGCAAAGUCACGACGUAUCCGCACAACAAGGAAUCCCUGACGCAAACGCUGCAGGACGCAAAAGUGGUCGUUCUCGUAGCUGGGAAAAAUCUUAAAUACGAAUCGACACCGACGGAAUUACUCGAGUCAAACGCCGAGAUCUUGUCGGAUUUACUGCCGAACGUCAUUAGAAGCUGUCCUCGGGCGAUGUUAGCGAUCGCGAUGCAACCGAUUAAUAGUUUAAUACCCGUAGCAGUAGAAAUGUAUAAGAAAGCUGGGAUUUACGAAUAUAAACGUAUCUUUGGAGUGAAUACGCUCGAUUGCGUAAGAGCAAAUAGUUUCGUCGCAAAAAUGGUUAAUAUAGCACCGGAGUGUGUGAUGGUGCCGGUUAUCGGAGGAUGUUGUCCGUAUACACGUAUCCCUCUCUUCUCGCAAAUGAUACCACGCGUUUUCUUAUCAGCGAAAGAUAUGAAGGAUUUAACCAAUUUCGUGAGAGAAGCUGACGAAGAAGUUUCAAAAGGAUAUAAUGGACAAAACGUUUCGGUAUAUGCAUCGGCUUUUGCCAUCGCUAGAUUUUGCAUUUCCCUUUGCAAAGCGAUACGACAACAAAGUGGAGUAGUGGAAUGUGCUUACGUUCGUUCCUGCGUGAUACCGGAAGUGACGUACUUUGCUUCCCAACUCGAAUUAGGUCCAGACGGUAUCCAAAAGUACCUUGGUAUCCAACCUCUUAACGACGACGAAUGUAAACUGUUGCUCGACGCGAUACCUGUUUUAACAAAAGCUAUUAGUCAAGGCGAGACAUUAGCUCUUGGAUCUAAAUCGUCAUCGGAAAAGUGUCCCAUCUAUCCCGACGUUUGUCAUCGUGCGUUCACACCGACUCACAUUCGUCGAAUUUGA